UGAGACCUGUGUGCUUGAAGUAACACAACAAAGAGCUUUUUCUUGAAGAAAAUGAAGGGCACUCUCUUUCACCUCCUGUUUUUAGUCCUUUUAGGACUCUCUCAUUUUGCAUGCCUUCAAGCAGUCCCUGUUACAAGAACUGAAAGCCUUACACAAGAUCCUAAGGUUCUUGAUCUUGCUGGGGGCAAUAUUCACAACCACAAGGUUAUUAGUGGUACAAAGUGGCACCAGGUAGAGGCAACUAUUGGUGAGAGGAUGGACAUUGAACUCCAUGACUACCCUCCAUCUGGGGCUAAUGGUCGUCACACUCCAAAGCCACCAUAUCCAUAGUACGUGAACAAAUGUCGCGUGUUAUCAUCUUAUAAUGUCGAAGCGGUUAUAAGUAACAUACUGUUUAUGAUUAUUAUGUCUAAGUACACAUGAUAAGUCGAUUUCAGAAGCACUUAUGUGUAUGUAUGAUGUGAAAGAGUAGGAUUAAUGUGAAAGCUUAGGUCUUUUGUGUUUGUUAAGUGAUUCUUAUUAAUUUAUCAAUUUAAACUAAAAACACUGAUACAGUUGUCGGUGUGAAA